AUGAACCCAUGGCCACUGGCGAUUCAGAGCGGCUCUCCUUCAUCCGAGGAUGAGAAAGACGGCCGCUUCUGUGGGAAGGAGGGCGACCUUUGCAAAUGCUUUGGCAAGGUCCGUUAUGGCCGCCUCUUCUCUUGGUCCGGCGACCUGGCCGUGGAUGGCAGCGUGAACUGCAGCGCCGCGCUCUUCGGCGACCCGAUGCCGAUGGACAUCAAGAUUUGCAAGUGCUACCCGACCAUUUGCACCACACAGGUGGGCAUUUGUACACCGGAGCCCUGCAUGUGCGCCACGUCUCGGGACCCGGACUUCGAAUGGGCGAAGAAGACCUUGAUGACGGGCGAUGGCACCAAAUGCUGGGCUUGCGAACGGAAGCGUGCAGCGACGGGCAUCGCGGACAACACCAACUCCAGCUUCUGCCCCACUCAGAUGGGACGAUGCUCACUGAAGAGGAGUUGCAAGUGUGAGUCGCCCAGCGAUACCAAGCGUGUGAUGCGGACCAAAUCUGGUGAGAAGUGUUGGACAUGCGCUGCCGUCGGUGAGGGCCGUGCACUAGGAAUGGAUACAGGUCAGCGAGCCAUGUUCUGGAUGCUGCCGUUGCUGUGGUCCUUCAUGGACUGGCCGAAUUCCUUCUGGCAGGUCUGCGACGGGGAUCGAGCGCUGACAAUCUUCGUGGCGCUGUGCAUUCUCGGGUAUUUCUGCCAGGUCUUUGCACCGUUCCUGCGACUGGAUCGAUUCUUCUCCUUCUACGCCCCAUGCAUGAAGAAGGGCGAGUUCUGGCGUUUCUUCACCUACUUCAUGCUCCACAGCGAUUUACAGCACCUUUGUGUGAACCUCUUCCACUUGAUGGAUGCACUGGACUUAGAGGGUGUGCCCGACCUGGAAGUCAGUCCAGGGGUGCCCCUGAAAUGCACCCGCGACGGCCCGGUGGCCACGAUUUGCUAUCCAGAUGUGGGCAUCGGCUGGAACAAUGUGGUGGGCAUUAUGGCCACGGUGUUGGCCUUUGGAGCACUGUUCGGGGCACCAAGGGAGUGGAGAGGCUGCAGGCUUGGGACGAUGAAGAACUUUGGAGCGUUGGUGCAGGGAGCAAGCUCGGUUUGCUUUGGCGUGGACGGCGCCCUCAUCGCGCUCUACGGCGUCUUCUUGGGUGCUGGGUUGGAUCAACAAUUAAAGAUCCCGGAGUUCGGCGCCUUUUUCUGGAUGCGUAUUGGAAUCAUCGCUUUUCAUAUUGUCAUUGAUAUUGUGCAAAGCGUGUGCGGCUCGGGGAAAGACACCGUGGGCACUGUGGCACACAUGUCCGCGCUGGUGGCAGGAUUUUGCUAUGUGAUCAUUUUCCUCCCCCCGAUGGGAGACGGAAGCUUCUUCGGCAGUGACCGGCUGGGAACCCCGCGACAGUGCGGUGCGACCGGGAUUGGGUGA